UGAGGCGGUCCGGCGGUCGGCGGCUGUGAGCGCAGGCAGACGGCGGCUUCUCUCUCUCCGGGCUUGUGAUGACCCGCUGCAGCCUGACUUCCCAGCACUCCUCUUCGUCCUGCGAGCCUCCUGAAAGUUCAAACUUCGCUCCAAACUUUCGGCGGGGCUCCUCCGCUCUGAGCUCAUUAACAAGGAGCCGCUCUGCCUGAGAACCGAAGCGUUACGACCCACAUGUUCCUGCCCCGCCGCCGGCUCUGUACAUCCAGGUGAGCGGGCUAGCUUUGUGUAGCUUCCCCCGGGGGAGCUGCUACCAGAGGCGGUGGUUUACCUGUACGCACACGGUGACGCACGGGGCUUUUCUUUUUUUCUUUUUCUUUUUCUUUUUUUUUUUGACGCUCCCAUUUUCGCGCUACGGUUCUCCGCCGUACCGGGGAGCAACAGGACGGUUCAUAUGGAGCUAACAGGAGGGAGCGAGUCCUGGCGGAGGGACGGCAGGAGAAACCCCACGGCGUCGGCGGCGAGGAGCAGGAGGAACCCCCCGGUGGAUGUGAUGUUCGCUGUUGGCUUCAUCUGCCUCCAAGUUCUGUCCAUCCAGGCUGCAGCCAUCCAGUUUACCAAGGAGCCCAAAUCUCAGGACGCCCUACACGGACGCAGCGCCAUGCUACGCUGUGAAGUUGGCGACCCGGCCGACAUCACGUACAGCUGGCUUCACAAUGGCCAGCGUCUGAUAAGCGAUGAGAGGCGCUUCCAGGAGGGCAGCAACCUGAAGUUCACUGCUGUUGAUCGGCAGCUGGACGCGGGGAGCUUUGAGUGCGUUGUGGAAAAUACUGCCACAGGAGAGCAUCUCCAGUCCACUAACGCCUCCUUCAAUAUCAAGUGGUUGGAAAGUGGCGGUGUGACUUUGAAGGAGCCCAUCUCGGAAGGGGAAAUCGAGAGUUCUUCGCCCGUCACGUUGCGCUGUCAUAUCGAUGGACACCCUCGCCCAACGUGCCAGUGGUUCAAGGAUGGAGUGAAGCUGACAGAGAAAAGCCAUCAGAUCAACAACAAGGAGAGGACGCUCACCUUCAAGAGCGCCAGUCCGGAUGACAAUGGCCUGUACUACUGCUGCGCCAAAAAUGCAGCCGGGCAUGUCUGCAGUAAUAGCAACUUCACUCUCAACAUUAUAGAUAAGAGUUUCCCGCGGCCGGUGGUCACUCCCGAGGACCAGGUGGUGUUGAGGAACGAGGAGGCUGUGUUCCACUGCCAGUUCACCGCCGAGCCAGCCCCCACAUUGGAGUGGUACCACGAAAAGGAGCCGCUGGCAAACAAGUCUCGAGUGUUCCUACUGUCCAAUGGGACGCUGCUGAUCACGCAGGUCAAGCCCAGGAACACCGGAGCCUACAAGUGUGUCGGCCGUGGCCUCAGAGGAUCCCAGGUUACACUGGAGGCUUCCCUCCUCAUAGCUGAGAUAGAAGACAUGGUGCCCAAGGCGUCAAAGGUGUUCACAGCGGACACCCUGCAGCGGGUAGCCUGUCGAGCUCCUCGCGGCAGACCAGAGCCGGAGGUGUGGUGGGAGAGAGAAGGUCAGAGGGUGCCCACGGAGGGCAGAGUAUACCAAGAGGAACUGGAUUUGGUCUUCAGUCCAACAGAGGAAGGAGAUUCAGGCAUCUACACCUGCGUGGCCCAGAACAAGGCGGGACGCAGAACGCAGGAGGUCACCUUCACCGUGGCCACUGCUCCAGUGUGGGUGACGAGACCUCAGGACAGCCAUUUAGAAGAGGGUAAACCAGGUUACCUCCACUGUCACGCUCAGGCCAACCCUCAACCCGAGGUCACCUGGCUCCGCAACAACAUCAUGAUCACACCUGAGGAUUCUCGUUUUAAGAUGUUCCCUAACGGCACCCUCAGGAUCAACAAUGUGGAGGUGUAUGAUGGACAGAUUUACGGCUGUGAAACCAAGACCGUGGGCGGCCGACUGUCUGGCCAAGCUCGAGUCAUUGUGCUCGAGAAGCUGAAAUUUACCCCGACUCCUCAGCCUUCCCAGUGCCUGGAGUUGGAUAACGAGAUCACCAUCCAGUGCUCCGCCACGGGCCGAGAGACCCCGACCAUCCGCUGGACCAAAGCAGACGGAGGAGAGGUGCCGCCCCACGUGGAACAGAGGAACGGCCAGCUCCAUUUCUCCAAAGUCACCCGCAGCGACGCCGGCAACUACACCUGCAUUGCUUCCAACAGCCUCCAGGGAGAGAUCCGAGCCCUGGUGACCCUCACCGUGGCCGUGUACAUUCACUUUAAGGUGGAACCAGACAAUACAACGGUGUACCAGGGACACACGGCCAUCCUCCACUGUCAGGCCACAGGUGACCCCGAGCCUCACAUCCACUGGAUGGUCAAGGACAAGGCGCUGGACAUCACUAAGAACAGGAGGUUCCAGAAAAUGCCCAAUGGCUCCUUGUUAAUUUCAGAUGUCACUACAGAUGACACAGGCAGAUACACAUGCGUGGCCGGAAACAGCUGCAGCAUCAAGUACCGUGUUGCUCAGCUGUAUGUAGUGGACAAACCCAUGGCUUUUCCUGAUGGAGAUGAAGACAAGGCUCCUUACAAGAUGAUCCAAACCAUCGGUCUGUCAGUGGGAGCAGCCGUGGCUUAUAUCAUUGUAGUGCUGGGACUCAUGUUCUACUGCAAAAAGAGACGCCACGCCAAAAGACUGCAGAAGGGCCAGGACGGAGAGGAGCCCGAGAUGGAGUGUCUUAAUGGUGGAGCUGUUCAACAAAAUGGCCACACCACAGCUGAGAUCCAGGAAGAGGUGGCACUGACCAACAUGGGAACCAUUGCAACAACUGAGAAACGCCACAGUCACGUCAAUGACAAGCUGCACUUUCCCCGAACAAACCUACAAACCAUCACUACUUUAGGCAAAGGGGAGUUCGGUGAGGUGCUGCUGUCUAAAGCUAAGGGUAUCGAGGAGGUCGAGGAGGAGACGGUGGUGCUGGUGAAGAGCCUGCAGACCAGAGACGAACAGCUCCAGCUCGACUUCCGCCGCGAGGCCGAAAUGUUCGCUAAGCUGAGCCACCCUAACGUGGUCCGCUUGUUGGGCCUCUGCAGGGAGGCAGAGCCGCACUACAUGAUCCUGGAGUACUAUGACCUGGGAGAUCUAAAGCAGUUCCUGAGAAUUUCCAAAAGCAAAGACGACAAAGUCAAGUCUCAGCCUAUCAGCACCAAGACCAAAGUUUCCAUCUGCACCCAGGUGGCUCACGGGAUGGAGCAUCUGUCUAAUCACCGCUUCGUCCACAAAGAUCUCGCCGCCCGAAACUGCCUGAUCAACAGUCAGAGGCGCGUCAAAGUGUCAUCACUCAGUCUCAGCAAGGACGUCUACAACAGUGAGUACUACCACUACAGGCAGGCAUGGAUCCCACUGCGCUGGCUCCCGACAGAGUCUGUGUUUGAGGACGACUUCUCCACUAAGUCUGACGUGUGGGCCUUUGGAGUGUUGAUGUGGGAAGUAUUCAGUCAUGGGGAAAUGCCAUAUAGCAAACUCAGCGAUGACGAGGUGCUCGAAGGUCUGCAGACGGGGAAACUGAAGCUACCCAUUCCAGAUGGAUGCCCCUCCAAAAUCUACAAGCUGAUGGUCCGCUGCUGGGCGCUAAGCCUCAAAGAGCGCCCAUCCUUCACCGACAUCGUCCACGCCCUGGGAGAGCUGCCGUCUGACAGCAAAGUCUGAGAUGAACGUUAGAGGGGAACUUUGACCAACCCUUCCCCUUUCCCCUAAAAUAAGACAGGAAUGCUGGAUAAAUAGUCUCACACAUUUCAGGGAAGAGGGUUGAGGAGAAACUUUUUCUUUUUUCUUUUUUUUUAUAUGCAUUUCAAAAAAUACGGAGUGUGGAUCAGACUUCUUUGCUACAUCAGUGGAAACGCACUCGUGUCCGUGUAAAUGGCUUCGUGUGAGCAGUGCCAGGAGUUUGCCUUAACCGCAGCAUGGACGACCCUCCCCUCCGCUCUGUGGUUCCACUGUGACCCUGCAGCCACUCCGACUCGGAGACACUUUGUUUCACGGAGCCUCACGACCUCAGUGCCUCUACCCCUCCACACACACACACACACCUAAACGUUCACCUGCUCUGUAGGGAUCCCAGACACAGUGCUUUCACUGGCUCUGAUCACUAGAAAUAACUGGUCUGAAGCUCAAACCCCUUUAAAUUUAGGUGGAAGUCCUCACAAAACCAGAGCGAAUUGAGACAGGAAAGAGGGAUUUAAUUGAGAACUGAAGCUUUUUAGAAAUCAACCACUUAGGGAGUUUGCUAAAUGAGACGUUUUAAUUGUUCUGCUUCAGCUUAGAAUUCAGUGAGCUGCAUCGUGGAUUUACUACCCCAACCCUUGAUUGGUUACUAUGCCCCCAGGGACCCACCAACAUCCCCCAAAGUGUGUGUUUCUGUAUGUGUGUGUGCACUGAACUGUUCUCAAAGAAGUGGAAUGAGGGUUUUGCAUGAAGGUUUGUCGUCUGUUACACCUGUGAUUUGCGACACGAGGAAACUUGUGGAAAAAGUAAUCCAUGUUACUGUAACACUUUCAGGAACAACAACAAAAGAUCAAGUUUUAUAGCCAAGGAAUAUAUUGAAUAGAUGAGAUUGUGCCAGUGUGGGGCUUUAUACAUUUUUACAAGUGUGUUUUGUUCUUGUAUUAACUUUGAGGUGCUUAUUUGUCACAACCCGUGGGUAAGGACGCCCAUUAUUCCACAUCAUUACGUCGUCUCAGUCGCAGGGAUGCAGCCUAUCAUCGUGAUCAACCUGCGACGUCAUAUUUCCAGAGGUCCAAUCCCAGUUUCUCUCCUGGUCCAGCUGUUUUGUGCAGUGCUGCAAAGUGGACCAGCACACCAGGCAAUGUGUACAUAAUGUAGAAGCCAUGCACUAACUUCACUUAAAAGAAUAUCCCUUUUUGUUUCUAUCAUGUUGUGUAGAAGGACAUGCAGGUGCCUGUUUAUUUAUGAUGAAGGUCCUGUCAUUUUUUUAACUAUGUUUAUAAUAGAAAGGUACUUCUGUGAGGUAGUUAUGCUAUGUAUUCAUUCUCAUGGUCCAUCUCGGUGUACGUUCAGUCAGCUGGAUACAAAGUACAAAGGAGGUCAAAAGAGUGACUGCAGGUCACCAGAACUCAUUUAAGUGCCUGGUAAAUGAAGGAUUAUCUUAACUAUUUCCCUCUUUUUACAUUGUCUAAUCAAAUGCAAUGGCCUUUUUGUUGAUGAAUCUGUUUUUAUACGUUGUUUUUAGUGUAAUGUUUUGUUUUUAUGAACGCUAGGCACUCACACCUAGACCUCUUUUUUUUUUUUUUUUAACUGCUUCAGCAAAUGUUCACAAUAAUCACAGAUAUAUAUACAAAAAUAUACAUGCUGCUGUCAAUAAAGGUUCACAGUGUUUUUACC